GUCCGAAUUCGUCACACUUAUUGUAACCGAUAUUACACCCGUAAACCCGGAUUCAAAGGCCCCUGGGUUUCAUGGUUACUAAAAAAAAUAAAAAAAUUUGUGGAAUUAAUGCACACUGAGAUAUUGAGAGAGAGUAAAAAAUCACUGUAAUGAUGGGCGUGGUAAUAAUGAGGCUCGUCCGUUACCAAUGGCGGGUUCCACGAGCUUUCUUCUGCAAUUCACUGACAACACGCUGAACACACACAUUCACACACCAAAACCCAAACAACCACCACAUUCAAAACCCAUCAGAAUCAAACACAAGAAUACAAAAAACAAUCCAUAAAUUUCAAAUCUCUUUCUCUACUCAGAUUUCAGAACACUCCUCUUCAUAUUUAAAGAUCAGAUCUCCAAAACAUCACACCUCUCGAAGCACUUCUUUAUUGCCAAAACACAAAAAAACAAUUCAAAAAAAUACAGAACUCUCACACUCAGAUUCAUCGAUCCAAACAAUCUCUGUCUCUCUCUUUCUCUCUCUGAUUGUCUUCAGCGCAUGGACGGUAACGACUUGAUUUCAUUAUUUUCGACGGAACAGAUAUGAGUAGAGGAGUGUUGUGUUGUUUCGAUGAUUUGGGGCUUAAAUUAGGGUUUUCUUUGGUAGUGGUGGUGUUUGAUAUGGGCUGUAGUGGUUCCAAGGUUGAUGAUUUGCCAUUGGUCAUUCGUUGUAGAGAGAGAAAGGAGCUAAUCAGGGCCGCCGCCGAGCACCGCUACGCUCUCGCCUCUGCUCACGUGUCCUACUUCCGUUCUUUGAAGGACGUCGGUGACGCUCUUCGCCAAUUCGUCGAGGAAGAGCUCACCACUGCUUCGCCUCCGGCUUCCCCUGUACUCACGUUACCCUCUGACGAAGGGAAGAGCAAGAAGAAGAAGACCAAUGCGGAUGGCAAAGGUUCAUCUUCUUCAACCUCAAUGUCACAUUCGGCUUCAUUGUCGCACAAUCAUUCUCCAGAGGAUGAUCAUGAUUAUGAUGGGGAGGGUUCACACUUGCAUUUGUCUUCUGGUUCUGAUUCAGAUUUGGGUUCUUCUCCGGGGCAUCACAGACAUUAUAGUUCAGAAUUUGAAGAACAUUACCGUUCACAACCUCCUCAAACAGCUUGGGGACCAUACGGAAUGAAUUCAUUCCCUCAGACAGGACCAUAUGGAAUGGAUUCAUUCCCUCAGACAGGACCAUAUGGAAUGGAUUCAUUCCCUCAAACAGGACCAUAUGGAAUGAAUUCGUUCCCCCAGACAGUACCAUAUGGAAUGAAUUCAUUCCCACAGACAGGUUGGGACCCGUAUGGAGUGAACAGAAAUUUAUAUUAUAUGAAAAAAUCUGCACCGGCAGUUCAGUCUGUAAUUUAUGAGGAGCCGAGGAGCUCUACGGUAGUGGCACAACAAUUGCCUGAUUCAUCAUACGCAUACUCGAAUUCAUUUUCAGGUAAUGAAAAUGGGGGAUAUUUUGGGUUUUCUAUGGGUUCACCGCGGCAACCAAGUCCUCCAGCUGCUCCGCCGCAGCCUCCUUCGCCACCAAGGGUCUCUGCUUGGGACUUUCUCAACCCUUUCGAUGCGUAUGAUAAUGGUUACCCUGGUUUUUAUUCUCAGAGUAAAUAUGAGUAUUCAGUUGCUAGUAGUCCCAAUUCCGAUGAAGUGAGACAGAGGGAGGGAAUCCCUGAUUUGGAAGAUGAAACUGAGAAUGAGGCCUUUAAAGAAGUUCAUAAGAGGAAGAAGUUGAAUGAAGAUACUAAAAAGAAAUCAGGCGAGGGCAGCAGUUCAAGGGCAGUGCCAUCACAAAACUACGAGGGCAGCAGUUCAAGGGCGGUGCCAUCACAAAACUAUGAGGGCAGCAGUUCAAGGGCAGUGCCAUCACAAAACUAUGAGGGCAGCAGUUCAAGGGCGGUGCCCUCACAAAACAGUGAGGGCAGCAGUUCCAGGGCAAUGCCAUCACACAGCAGUAAAGGUUCGACAAGGGCAAUGCCAUCACAAUACAGUGAGGGGAUUUCAAGGGCAGUGCCAUCACAAAACAGUGAGGGAGCACAAUCAGUUGGCGAGAAAGAGGAAAAGAGCAGUCCUGACACCAUUGUAUCAAAGGGCUCAGAUGAUGGGUCUGUGAGGAAGAAAGGUGUGAGUUUUGAGGUAGAUGAGGUAUCAAUGCACGAUGUUGAAUCCCCAAAGUUAAGUAGUGUGACCACAUUAUCCGCUCAUAGCACACGAGACCUUCAGGAGGUUGUCACCGAAAUCAGGGAUGAAUUUGAGAUUGCUUCUAAUUAUGGAAAAGAGGUUGCACUGAUGCUUGAGGUGGGGAAACUGCCUUACCAGCCUAGGUUCAAUUUACUUAAAGUGUUGUUAUCCAGGAUAUUGAAUUUGAUAUCACCUUCCUUGUCAUCUUCACAACCUCCAUCCAGGCGGUCCGUAAGAUUAGCUUUUAAAACAAUGAAAUUGGCCAAAUCUUACUAUGGGGAUUCUGGGAAGAAUGGUAGUGUGAAGCGGAGUAAUCUUUCAUCUACUUUGGAGAAGCUCUAUGUCUGGGAGAAGAAACUAUAUAAAGAAGUUAAGGAUGAAGAAAAUAUUAGGAUAAUCUAUGAAAAGGAGUGUAGAAGGCUUAAAGUUCUGGAUGACCAAGGAGCUGAAUCUAGUAAGAUUGAUGCUUCUCAGGCUUCGAUAAGAAAGUUGCUGACAAAACUUAAUGUUGGUAUCAAAGCUGUUGAUGCUAUAUCAAGCAGGAUACACAAGUUGAGGGACGAGGAGUUGCAGCCGCAAGUCAAUGAAUUGAUUCAUGGAUUGAUAAGAAUGUGGAAGUCCAUGCUGAAGUGCCACCAGAAACAGUUUCAAGCUAUCAUGGAAAGUAAAACUCGUCACCUGAGAGCAAACACUGCCUUUCGAAGAGAUUCAAGCCUUAAGGCUACUGUUGAACUCGAAACAGAGCUCCUUACUUGGUACAGCCAUUUUAAUGAUUGGAUUAACAGCCAGAAGUUCUUUAUUGAGUCCUUAAAUGGUUGGCUUUUGGGGUGUCUUUUCUAUGAACCUGAAGAAACUCCCGACGGAGUUGUCCCCUUUUCCCCAGGCCGGAUUGGAGCUCCUCCAAUUUUUGUAAUUUGCAAUGACUGGUCCCAAGCAAUGGAAUCAAUUUCAGAAAGAGGGGUGGCUAAUGCGGUAAAUAAAUUUGCUUCAACCUUACAACAGUCAUGGGAGAGAGAAGGUGAGCAACGCCAGAUGCUUAAAGCAGAAUACGUAUCAAAGGAUUUUCAAAGACGGCUUAGAACUCUCCGCAUGGAGAGGGGAAGAAUGGAGCAGCAUCAAAACGCAGUGUCAGGCAAAGCAGGUGCAUCCAUGGUUCCCUCAGAGAGCGGAGUCUCAUCACGGGACGAUCUAAAAGUGGACUUGGAUUCAAUAAGAAAGAGAAUGGAUGAAGAGAGGGCGAGGCACAAUGCAGCUCCUAGUAGUUUACAAGCAGGUCUGAUUCCCAUUUUCGAAGCCAUGGGGAACUUUAGUGCAGAGGCUUUGAAAGCUUACGAGCAAGUUAGAAUUCAAAAUGCUGCGCAAGGUUCGGGAGGAAAGUGAAGUUUUCAAGACCAUAAAAGCUCUGCCAUAAUUUGAGGAGUUGUAGAUCAUUUGAGGGGUAUUGAAGGCUGCUCUGUAACUUUUGUUUAGAAAUUUGAUUUUUUUUUUUUUUUUUUUUUUUUUUUAACACCCCUCAAGUAGAUAGAGGUAGGGAGUUGUACAGAAAUUAGUUUAUUUAUUGAUUGGUUGCUUAUCCGGUGGAUGAUGUUAGGAUGGUUGUUCUUGGGGUGGAUGUAUAAAAUUAGUGUAGAAAUUGCAAAAUUUUGAUGAUGAGAAGUAAUCCUUCUGCC